AUGGAGGAACAACCAGAUCCAAUUGCUGGAGCAGUUAAACUUGGUUUUACUUCAGAAAGUCCUCAACAAACACCAAAAAGACCUGACAUACAUUUAGAUAUUCAACUAAAAGAUAAGGAAAAUAACGUCGUAUAUUUUCCUGACUUAUGUGAGGCAGCUGGUUUUACUGUGAUAAAAACACCACCACGUUAUCUAUCAGGUUCUGAAUCUGUAGGCUCAGAAACUCCUCAUUCAGAUUGGUCAGAUAAUGAUACACCAAAUGAUUUUUCUUCACCCAGACCAAGUAGUUCUGGUGAUCCUUUGCCUCCACCUGUUCAUGAAGAAAGUAAUGAAUUUUUCAAACGAUUAUUAGAAAAUGCGGAAAAGUAUGCUCAAGAAGCUCAAGAAGAGAAAGCUAAAGAAGCUAAGGAGAAACCCGAGAAGAAUCCGAAAAAGAGAAAAGAAAAAGUUAGCAAAAAGGAACAAAAUUAUGAUGUUAGUGAUCCAUUUAUAGAUGAUAGCGAUUUGGCUCCAUUUCAACGAGAUUAUGGAAAUAUUCGACCAACAGUUGAAGGAUUUUUUGUAUGGAAAGGUCCUUUGACGUUACAAGGAAUGGUGGACGAAACUGAAACAGGAAAGAAAAGGACUAAACGUAAACCAAAAUCUGGUGAUGCUAAAGAUAAACCACCACAGCCUCGUAAGAAACGUACCGUGAAACCUAAAGAAGGAGAAGAGGGCAGUGAUAAAAUCAACAAACCUAAAAGGGCAUAUAAGAGGUCUAAGUUAGCUGUUGAAACUAAGCUACAAGAUUCGGCACAAACAACUUUACCACAUUUCAUAAAUACAAAUUUAUUCCAACCUCCUGUUAUCAAUGUCACCCCUACACCACAAGAUUUCGCAACAGCAUUUAAUAAUGCUUUCCCACCAAAUUCACCUGAUAGGCUUCUCACCACAAAUCCUACUGAAGCACCUAAAACGCCAACAUUUAACAAUAAAGUUAUACCCGAUCCAAAUAAAACUCCAGGAAAAAAGAAAAAAAUUUAUCCGAUAGAACCUAUUCGUCCAGAAAUACAGGUACUCGUGGAUGCUUUCAAAGUUAAAGUGGAUAGUGAAACGUUUGAGAUUAAGUCCAGAUUUCCACCAAAUCUUAAGCCUCCAUUGAUGGAAAUUUUAACAGCUGCAUAUGAACGGUCGCAAUUUAAUGAAAAUCUUUUCAAAAUACUGACAAAUAUUUUACCAUAUAAUAAAUUCACAGUAACGCGUCUUUGUCAAAGGACUUUAUACCCUAAAACAAUAUCUGAAUUACAUAAAACUAAGGCGGACUUGAUAGAACGUUUAAAAGCUGCUGUUGAAGAAGUAAUGCCACUACUUAUUCAGGAAUAUAAUGAACGACAAGCCACGCGUGCCUUAUUAGAUUCUACAUCAGCAACUUCUAAUAGUGAAUCAAUGAUGGAUAUUGAUGGCGAAACGGAACAAUAUCAAGAUCCUAAUGGUAAAAAAUUUAGAUGGGAUGAAACAACGAGGUCUUUGUUGUGGAAAAUUGUUCAAGCAGAGAUGUCGAUCGUUGUAAUGAGUAAUGAUUUAUGGGAAGCGGAAGAAAAGUCAGAAAGAUAUUCUGAACAGACGCAGAGAAAACAUUUAUAUCAAAAUCUGUUAACUGUUUGGCCAAGUGGUUGGAUGACUUCAUAUGAGAUAGCGCGUGUAUAUAGUGCUUACAAGAGAUAUCUGAGAGACCGACAGACUACAUCAUGA